AUGCCUGCGGAGGAGAACACGCUUAGUCUCUUCCUAGCUGCGUGCCGCAAAGAGGGAGUGAAGCAGCCUAAUACAAUUCUUAUUGAGUUCUUCCGUGAACACCCAUCACCCAGCGAGAUUGAGGAGAUUGACCUCAGCAAAAACUACGUUGGCAAUCGCGGUAUUAUGGCUCUGCUGGAUGUCAUUGAAGUCUUGCCAGCAUUCCGCUUUUUGAACUGUUCCAACCAGAAGUUGUACAACACCGAUCUCAGCGAUGACAGUGUUAGAGGGAACGCGACGGUAGAUCGCAUUGUGGAGGUGUUUAAGGUGCACCCCACCGCCAACGCACUGGAUAUCAGCAACAAUCCCAUUUCCAACUACGCUGGUCGCAAACUGUUGGUACUCACACAAGUCAACCGCCGCAUCUGCCGUGUGGAGUUGAGUGAAACCCGCGUGGACUUUGAGCUCCGCAAACGCAUCACGAAAGAGUGCGAGAAGAACACCAUCGCCCUGUGGGAGGCGCAGGAGCCGGAGACGCCGAAAGAAGAGGAACGGGCAUUCGGUGAGGGCCCCGUGUGGGUGCCCAAGCAGGCCGCACCCGAUCUCACGGCCAUUGGCGGUGGAAAGAACAGACGCCGCACCGUGCGCAGUGAAGGUAUUGACCCGGAGAAGGCAAAGAUGUACAAACCACCAUACUUUGAGAAGUCAGAGGAGGAGGUGCAACUUAUCACGAAACUCCUCACACACAAUGUGCUCUUCUCAUUUCUCAACACACGUGAUAUUAAAACCGUGGCAGGUGCAAUGCAGCGGGUAGUCUUCAAACACGACGACUGUAUUAUGGAAGCAGGACAGACUACAUGUGAUAAACUGUACAUUAUCCAAUCUGGCAAUGCGGAUAUCAUCAAGGAGGGACAAAAGGUGUACUUAAAAACAGAAGGCACAGCAGUAGGAGAGUUGGAGUUAAUGUAUGAUACGCCUGUUGUGGCCACUGUGAAGGUGUGUACAAAUGAACUCGUGGCCUGGGUGUUGGAUCGUGAAACGUACCGCAAUCUCGUGAUGGGAACGGCCAUUCGUCGCCGUGAAACUUAUAUGCAAUUCCUCGCAAAUGUCCCGUUCCUCGGCGGUCUUGACAAUUAUGAGAAGUUACAACUCGCCGAUGCCCUCAGCAGUGAUGAGUUCGAGCCCGGUAAUUACAUCAUCCACUACGGUGAGGAGGGGGAAUGGCUGUAUAUUAUCAUGGAGGGCACCGUUGAGGUGAUUGGACGAGAUGCGAAUGGAACCCCCACGCGGGUUUGUGAGUUCACACGCGGUGAUCACAUUGGAGAGUUGGAGUUUCUCAACAAUCACCGCACGGUUGCCGACGUGGUCGCCAAAACGCACGUCAUCACGGCGAAGUUAAAUCGCCGACACUUCGAGAUGUGUCUCGGCCCCGUGAUGGAUGUACUCAAGCGAUGUGCACAUGAUCCAAAGUACGAGUACUAUCAGAACGUUCUCCGUACAGGUGCCGCCCCACCAUCACAUGCAGAGUCAUCAUGA